GUCACUGGAGUUAUAAGCAAAGAGUACAUCCCAAAAGGAACGCGCUUUGGACCCCUGGUAGGAGAGAUCUAUACCAGCGAUACGGUUCCCAAGAAUGCGAACAGAAAAUACUUUUGGCGGAUCUAUUCAAGUGGUGAGCUUCACCACUUCAUUGACGGAUUUAACGAGGACAAGAGCAACUGGAUGCGUUAUGUAAACCCUGGCUACUCUGUUCAGGAACAGAACUUGGCUGCUUGUCAGAAUGGAAUGAACAUCUACUUCUACACCAUCAAGCCCAUCCCUGCCAACCAAGAGCUGCUUGUGUGGUAUUGCCGAGACUUUGCAGAGAGGCUGCACUAUCCCUCCUCCAGAGAGCUGACAAUGAUGAACCUCACACAAACCCACGUUAAUCCAAAGCAGCACGGUGCUGAUAAAGAUGAGCUCUAUCAGAAAAGCAUCCCAAAGAAGGAGCACAGUGUGAAAGAAAUCCUGAAAAUGGAAUCCAAUCCUCCAAAAGCAAAAGACUUCUUCCAGACCAACAUUUCACCAGUUACUCCAGAAAAAGACUUAGAUGAUUUGCGUAAGAACUACAGCCCAGAGAGGUGUUUCUUCCCUCGAGUUGUCUACCCAAUCCGACCUCACAUUCCAGAAGACUAUCUGAAAGCUUCCUUAGCAUACGGGAUGGACAGACCCAGCUACGUUACUCACUCGCCCAUCCAGACGUCUACUACGCCGAGUCCUUCUGGGAGGAGCAGCCCAGACCAAAGUUUAAAAAGUUCAAGCCCUCACAGCAGUCCAGGGGUCACGGUUUCGCCUCUGGCACCUACUUCCCAAGAGCACAGAGAGCCAUACUCCUACUUGAACGGAUCGUAUGGCUCAGAAGGAUUGGGGUCUUCUUAUCCUGGAUAUGCACCCCCUGGCCACCUCCCACCUGCCUUUCUACCGUCCUAUAACCCCCACUACCCCAAAUUCCUGUUACCUCCUUUCAGUAUGAGCUGUAAUAACCUGAGCGCUUUGAACAAUAUCAAUGGCAUCAACAAUUUCAAUCUCUUCCCAAGGAUGUAUCCUCUUUAUGGCAACCUGCUCAGUGGAGGUAGCCUUUCCCACCACAUGUUGAACCCCACCACGCUCCCCAGUUCAUUGCCCAGUGAAGGAGGCCGUCGAUUGCUGCAGCCUGAUCAUCCGAGAGACUUCCUCAUACCAGCACCUAACAGUGCCUUCUCUAUCACGGGCGCUGCUGCCAGCAUGAAGGACAAGCCAUGCAGCCCUACCAGCGGGUCACCCACAGCUGGUACAGCAGCCAGUUCAGAACACAUAAUGCAACCUAAACCUACCUCAGUGGUGUUGGCUGCCACCGGCGGUGAAGAAGCCAUGAAUCUCAUUAAAAGUAAGAGGAAUGUGACCGGUUACAAAACCCUCCCAUACCCACUGAAGAAGCAGAACGGGAAGAUCAAGUACGAAUGCAACGUUUGCUCCAAGACCUUUGGCCAGCUCUCCAAUCUGAAGGUGCACCUCCGAGUACACAGCGGAGAGAGACCAUUUAAAUGCCAGACUUGCAAUAAAGGCUUCACGCAGCUGGCUCACCUCCAGAAGCACUAUCUGGUACACACGGGAGAAAAACCCCACGAGUGUCAGGUAUGUAACACACCAGAGACAGCUUCCAGCAAUCUCAAAACCCACCUGCGGCUCCACUCUGGAGAGAAGCCUUACCAGUGCAAGCUCUGCCCGGCCAAAUUCACCCAGUUUGUGCACCUGAAGCUGCACAAGCGUCUCCACACCCGCGAACGUCCCCAUAAAUGUAUCCACUGCCACAAGAGCUACAUUCACCUCUGCAGCCUCCAGGUCCACCUGAAGGGCAACUGCCCCGUCGCCCCUGCCUCCGGCCUCUCAAUGGAGGACCUGAAUAGAAUUAACGAGGAGAUCGAGAAGUUCGACAUCAGUGACAAUGCCGACAAGUUGGAAGAAGUGGAGGACAAUAUCGACUUAACAUCGAUCGUGGAGAAGGAUAUACUGACCAUGCUCAGAAGGGAAAUGGAAGGAGCUAAUCUGAAGGUAUCUCUACAGAGGAACCUGGGAAAUGGACUUAUCUCCUCAGGAUGCAACCUUUACGAGUCGUCAGAUAUGUCAAUUAUGAAGUUGCCUCAUGGUCACCCACUACCUCUGUUACCUGUAAAGGUCAAGCAAGAAACAGUUGAACCAAUGGACCCUUAAGACUUUUUGGCAAAGUGAUUUUUUUUUUUAUUUAUGACUUGGCAAGUCAGGGUGCCUGUAGCAGUUGCUUGUACAUAGUUUCAAUGCUGCAAAGCAAUCUUGGCU